GGGAGUGUCAUUAUUGACCCAAUGGUUUUACUGGCUCUGGAGGGAGGCUACUCGCUCUGAAAGGAGGGAUGCGAGGAGGAGAGGAGGUCAAGGCGGAAAAAAAGAGGAAACCGGUGGAUGUCUGUGAAAUAGCAAAACCCCUCAGGCUCCCAGACAGACUGAUAUGUCAUUGGACCAAUGGGGUGUUGAUAAUGCAGGCGUAGAGGUUGGCCAGGUGAGAUGUAAGACCCGCCCACUGUGUGUCCUACUUCACCUGCAGAGGAACAGUAAUCUGUAGAGAAAAAAAAGACCCCAACAAUUCUGCUGAAGCAAAUCAACUGAAGUGAUUUAAAGAAAAUGGCGGAAAAUCUAAUGGGUACUGGUAGUGAAUGCCACUACAAACCACCUCAGCCUUCCCCUUGAGAGAGGAUUGGACCUCCUGCUGAUUCCUUGACAUCUGGCGGAUUCUUUUCUUAGAUCUCAUGUAUUUGGUACAUUGCAAUCAACCCCAGGCGUCCUGCUGGCCCACCAACCCAUUCGACCAAGAGGACAUCCAGGUCUCCUGCUGACUCACCAACCCAUUAGACCAAAGGUUCAGAGGGCAACAUCAGGGUUAGCUUAGGGCUACAACAUCAGGGCUUACAAGUCUCAGUAAGGGCUAUCUCUUCAAGAGAGUGGGAUUCCUAAUCACGUCUAAAACCCAGUUUCACAGCUCUGAUCCCUCCCUGCUCUGCCCCCGCUGAGAGGAGGUACCUGUCUGUCUCUGUCUGAGAGGACCCAAGAGCCAGAGUCCCACCGUUUGGGUCUCUCCCUCCAUUUUCUCUGUCUGAGAAGAACCUGGUCUGAUCCCUCCCUUCUCUGCCCCCCGCUGAGAGGAGGUACCUGUCUGUCUCUGUCUGAGAGGACCCAAGAGCCAGAGUCCCACCGUUUGGGUCUCUCCCUCCUUUUUCUCUGUCUGAGAAGAACCUGGUCUGGCCCUCCCUCCCUGCUAAGUAGGGGGAACUAUAGGAGGCACCAUGGGGUGUGGUGGCAGCAGGACUGAUGUUCUGGAGCCCAGGUACCUGGAGAGCUGGACCAAGGAGACAGAGUCUACCUGGCUGACCAGUACAGACACAGACAUCCCACUCUCCUCCAUACAGAGUAUGGAUAUCCCUUCUGAGAACUCAUCUGAAAGCUUAGUCUCUGAGAAAACCAUCACACCUGAUGCAGAUUUAUUUGAAGACGGCUUGCCUGCCCCAGCCCAGGCCUAUCUGCAGGUGUGCUCUGACAUGUCUGAAGCAGGACUGAACAAUGUAAAGCCGAGUGCCCACCCUGCAAUACUACCCUCCCACCACCAGGCGCUUCAGCCCUCACCUGUCACAGUACAGAGAAGGAGCGUCCUACGCACUGAGGAAAUAACUAAAUGGCAAGACAACAGGAUGUCCACUAAGCAGGUAACCAUCACAGUGACACAGAGCAUCAGACACGUGGACAAGAGUGGAAAGAUUAAGGAGAAGUCCCUCACCACCUUCGAGGUCAUGAAGCCUAUGGAGGGCCUGAAGGACGUGGCUGAAUGACAUAGUAGGAACAUUAGGGAAUAACACUGUGAUACACUGAGGUCUGAGGGGUAACAGAGGACAAAGCUAAUGACAGAGUGUGGUUUGGAAAGUCAAUGGCAGAAAGUGGUUUGGAAAGUCAAUGACAAGAGUGUGGUUUGGAAAGACAAUGAACUCUUUGUGAAAGAAUGUAUCGCUGAAUGGACUUUACUUUGAGGUGGAGAGAGACAAUAAUACCAAAAUGUUGUUUGAUGUUCAUGAGGAUGAAAAAGAUAAUGAUUUGAUUAUAGAGAUAGAGGGUUUGAAUCUGUGGCACAAUUGGUCCGCUAUCUUGCCUGGGACCAGACCUGAUAAGCGAGAUACCUCUACGGACAUGACACCAAAUGCUGUUAGGAUGAGAGAGUUUGUGACUUUGUCUAACGAAGAUCAAUGCUUUUAUAAGCUGGGCUUGGGACCAAGAUGUAAAAAAAAAAAACUUUGACCUGGUAUGAACUGAACUGCACUGUAGCGGCUGAAUGAUCGGCCAUAUUGAAGACGUAACAUAAACUAAUGUUCCUAAAUGGGAAACAUGUCUUGAAGUAGCUAGUUUUGUAAUAUGUUUAGUAUUUCUAUGGGCAACUCGUUGGGCAGUGUUUGUUUGGUCUUGAUGGAUGAAAAACUGUUUUUAGAUUACGAUGUUUACAAGAAGGUACGUCUUCUAAUGAAUAGGCACUUUUUGUGAACAAAACUUUAUGAACUAGCUAGUGUACUAGUGACUUUAUAAACUAGUGACUGAAUGGCUUGUUUAAGAGGUCAUGCCACUGUAUAUCUAGUAUGAACUCUACAUGAAGAGAGCUUGAUUCAAUCAGAGAGACAAUUUAGUUUCAAAUGGAUUGACUUAUGAAGUGUGAUUAUUUAAAUCCUUCUUCUACUGCAGGAAUGCCCCCCCACACACACACACACACUUUUGAAGGCCCUCAGAUAAAUUCCCUCCCCCCCCAAAAUUGAAAUAAUGAAUCAAAGUUUCCCAUCCCUGAUCUAUUGGAUGCUUACAGUAGCAUCAGCAGAUUCUCAAUGAAAUUCUCCGAAAGUUUUAGACGGAAACACUGUGUAGCAGACAGUGGUGAAAUACAUAGAUUUUUUUUUAAAUCUUCAUAUAAUUUAUACAUUCUAAUUCAAUUGACACAAUUAAUUUGUUAUCAAUGGCUUAGGAUUUACUUGGUUUAAACAAUACGCAAUGAAUCUGAUUGGUUAGAGAUAAGUUUUAAACAAAACACAAUGAAUCUGAUUGGUUAGAGAUAAGUUUAAACAAAACACAAUGAAUCUGAUUGGUUACAGAUACGUUUAAACAAAACACAAUGAAUCUGAUUGGUUAGAGAUAAGUUUAAACAAUACACAAUGAAUCUGAAUUCGCAAAUAAGAAAAAAAAACGGUUAAAGAUGAGACUUAUAUUCAAUAUUGAUUGGUUGGAAUAUUGGUGAGUGUACCACAACAGGGUUGACUAAGCAGUAUUUCAGUGGUGUUUUACUAAAUUACAUAUUGCCUCAGUGUGAUUAUCUUGGUACCUAUUUGUACUUUUUAACGUAACAGCUUGUAAGUACACUUUGUCAGGUCAUUUUGGCUUAACUCUUUGGUUCAAGUUUAUGAAUAUGGACAGUAUACAUUUGUACUGACAAUAAAUCAACAUAUAGGGA